GGAUAUUCGUGCACGGAGAGUGAGCGGAGAGGCGGACGUCCGACAAAAAAAAUCACAAUUUAGGGAAGUUUUAGUAGCGACUCAGACAGAGAGGCUUUAGGAAAGACACAUUCAUUCUGUUGUGCAUUUCAAGAGUAAUCUACGAUAGCGGGCUUUUUACAAGGUGUAAUGUUUCAGGAGCGUACAGCAGGAUCAUCCAUCCAUCCAUCCGUGCUCUGAAGCAGCGUGGAAUCUAAGUAAGAGAGCCAGGCAGGACUACAGGUACACGGCCAGGGGGCUACCUGGACUGGAGGGCAUGCUGGCUGCGGUUGGAAUGUUGAGGCAGAGCAGUGGUGGAGGCAGUGGUGGAGGCAGUGGUGGAGGAAGUGGUGGGAACAAACGAUCGCUGGGCAUCUCACGCAUUUCCAACUUCCACUUCUUCCCCUUGUCCGCUGGCAUGGGCACUAGUAUGGGCACUAUGGCGACUUUUGGGACAGGGGGCAGACGAACCAAGAGCAGCUCCCUGAGCUCCAUCAGCUCUGGAUCGGACAGCCUGGAUGCCCCUGCUCCCCCUGCCGGGACCACCAACCCAGACUACAUCAUGCAGCUGGUCAACGACGUGCGCAAGUUUGCUGACGUCCUCCUUCAUUUCAAGGAAUCUUUUCACUCCAAAGAUCACCAGGACUGUCUUCACCAGGUGGUCCAUGAGCGUCUGGGGGAGCUGCUGCGCGUGUUGAAGGCCGUCAUCAACAAACACCAGACCCUCAACUCUGUCGACAUCCUCAGUGCUGCAGGCACCGUCAUCGCACAGGUCAAAGGUGUUAACUUCAAAGAAGUGAACGAAGAGAACAAGCAGAAGCUUUUUGGAGAGAUUUACACUUCUAUCGACACAUUGGCAUUCACCUUUGGAAAUAUAGUGUCUGACUUCCUUAUGGGAGAUGUAGACAAUGGAUCACCGCUGGUGCUGAACCCCCUGACUCUGAGAAGCAGGUCGUUCGAGAACCUUUCUGUGGAGUCUGGAGGAUCCGAUCCAGAGAAAGAUGUUCCGCCAGGUCCGUCGCUGCCGGCGAGGGCGGAGGAGGUGGAUGGUGUGGACGUGGCGUUGCAGCGGAGUGAAGGCGGGGUGGAGUCGGCUCUACUCUACUCCAAGGCCUGGUCCAAAUACACCAAGGAGCUACUGGCCUGGGUGUAUAAACGAAUCAGUAUGGAUAUCGAGUGUGCGAGGAGCUACGCCAAAAUGGCGGAAUCAGCGAAGACAAUCGCAAGUCAUCAGGAGUUCAUGCCAUUCCGGGACAUCUACAUGUCUGCGUUCAAGAACGAUAUUGAGUACAGCCAGCUCCUACUUCACACAGCAGCUGCCCUUCAAACCAACAAAUUCAUGCAGCCUCUCCUCGCGCGGAAGACCGAGCUGGACAAACUGAGGAAGGAGGUCAAGGAGCAGUGGCAGAGAGAACAGAAGAAAAUGCAUGAAACGGAUAGUGCCCUGAGGAAGGCCCAUGUUCUGCAGGCCCAGAGACAGGAGGAGUAUGAGAAGGCCCGGGUGUCCACCAGCCGAGUAGAGGAGGAGCAGCUGGGAUCAGCCAAGCUGGAGAAGAGACGCAGGCUGGAGGAGGAGGCUCUGCAGAAGGCAGAUGAGGCCAGAGACCACUGCAAGGCCUGUCUGACAGAUAUAUCCUCUAUGUUUAGAGCCUAUGAUGUGAGACGUCAGGUUAACUCUUCCCUAUCUCUCCCUCCUUCCAGGUUGCCUCUCGCCAAGCGGUCGUUGAGCAGCACCCACUGCAGUACCCACAGUUCCCACGAUAACCUGUCUCAGAUGUCCGCCACCUCUGGAGACUUCCUGGGGACCGACGAGGUGGACAGCCCGGUCCACACACGGCCCGCCAACAGCAGCACCGACAUCCAAGCUCUGAGGUUCCAGGGCCCGUUCCGAGCCUGGGGAACGGGUAGUCAGGGCGGGGGGAUGUGCAGUGACUCAGAGAGCACCGGAGGCAGCAGUGAGUCCCGAUCCAUGGACUCCCCCACCGCCAGCCCAGGUGACUUCAACAGGAGAUUACGCAGAAGCCCGUCCACGGGGACCAUGUCGUCAGCUGAUGACCUGGAUGAGAGAGAGCCACCCUCGUCGUCAGACAACGGUCUGGAUGAGAUGGUGACAGAGACAGCCAGUUCCCCAGGGCCAUUCCAUGACAUCCAGAUGUCCAAGGCAGCCCAGACUCACAAGCUGAGGAAGCUGAGGGCCCUGUCCAAGUGCAGAGAGUGUGAUAGUCUGGUGGUCUUCCAUGGGGCUGAGUGUGAGGAGUGCUUCCUGGCCUGCCAUAAGAAGUGUCUGGACACUCUGGCCAUCCAGUGUGGUCAUAAGAAGCUGCAUGGUAGACUGCACCUCUUUGGUGUCGACUUCACCCAAGCAGUUAGGAACAACCCAGACGGAAUCCCUUUCAUAAUCAGGAAGUGUACCUCUGAGAUCGAGAAUAGAGCGCUGGACAUGAAGGGGAUCUACCGCGUGAACGGGGCCAAGUCCCGUGUGGAGAAGCUCUGUCAGGUAUUUGAGAACGGCAAGGACCUCGUGGAGCUAUCUGACCUUUACCCCCAUGACAUCAGCAACGUGCUCAAACUCUACCUGAGACAGCUUCCAGAGCCUCUCAUCCUGUUCCGUUUCUACAAUGACUUCAUCGGCCUGGCCAAGGAGAGCCAGAACAUCAUCGUCGAUGAGGUGGAGGCGUCCAGGGUCAGCCCCGCCUCCAUGACCCCGCCGGAGGUCAGUGUGGAGCUCAACCGGGUCCUCUUUAAGAUAAAAGACCUACUGAGACAGCUGCCCCCGGCCCACUACAAGACCCUGCAGUUCCUCAUCCAACACCUGCACAGGGUGACCGAGCAGGCGGAGGAGAACAAGAUGACAGCCACUAACCUAGGUAUCAUCUUCGGCCCCACGCUCAUCAAACCCAGACAGACGGACGCCGAGGUGUCCCUGUCCUCCCUGGUGGACUACCCCUACCAGGCACUCACCGUGGAGCUCCUCAUCAGACACUAUCAGAUGAUCUUUGAUGCCCCCGUCAGCCCCCUGCCACGGCCCCAGGGCCCCCCAGGCCCCUCUGAGGAGAGCUUCUCCCUAGAGGAUCAGGACCCAUACCCCAGCUUCACCACUCAGGAGAAGACGCUCAGCAGACAGUCUCUUGUAGACAUCAAGGAGAGCUGUAAAGUCUUUAAGUGUCAUUCCUCUAUAGUCUCCUCCACCCAUGCAAUGAAGGGGGUCAGAGAUGGGAACCCCACGUCUGAUAGGAGAGACUCUACCCCUGUAGCAGACGAGGUCCCUGAGGUCCAGAGUUCAGGAGGAGAGAGGGGGGAAAGGAGCUUAACCCAGGCCCCCCGCACCACCUCCCGGGUCCAUCUCCGCCACCCCCGCUCCAAGCUGGUCUCCCGGCCUGUCAGCAUGCCCGCCGAACGCCUCCUGAACCCGGCCCGAGGCGUGGACGAGAGGAACGCCAGGAACACCGCCGAUCAAGUCAACGGUACCGGGAGCGCCAAGAGCGUUACGCGGGACCAGUCGAUCGAGGAGGUGUCGGAAGAUGAGAAGCCAAAGUCGAGGGUGACCAGCCAAUACCGGAACAUGGACACAGGGACGCUACGCAGGACCUGGGACAGGCAGUACAAACCUUAUGACAUCACCCCCAGGACAGCUAAGAUCAACCUGCCUUCAGCAGACGAGGAGGAGGACUCGACCAGAAGCCUUUCCACGUCUGUUCCAUCAUCCUCUUCCUUCGGGAGGGGUGGCUGCACCAUCGCAGUGUGGCCGGGCAGGACUCUGAGAAGAGAGGAGAACGUGUGGGAGUACAGCCAAGUGCCCACUGUAUUCAGACCCCCCCGCACUUUACAGCCACCCCCUGGAACCUUCUACAAACACCCCACGGGGAGCAUGGCCAAUGCGCUAGGUGACGUGGGGCUAAAGAAGCACGCCACUGUAGCUAACAGCACUGAGGAGGAGGAGGAAGAUGAUGAGGAAGAGGAGAUGGGUCUGGAGGUCUCUGUGGAUGAGGACACUGUGGAUGAGUACAGUGAGGCUCCGCGGCAGGCUGCAGGCCAYUCUCUGUCCCUGCCCCAGUCCCCCAGCUCCAGUCCUGAAGACUUCAGUCAGGARGCCAAGCCUGUGUACCAGAGACUACGGCCCAGACGCUUGCAGGAGUUGGAGCACCGCGAGGCCCAUUUUGUGUGCCCUUUUGCUGUUUGGGAGCCCCUGUUGUCGUUUUGGAUGGCCAAUGCGCUAGGAGGAGAAGAUGAUGAGGAAGAGGAGAUGGGUCUGGAGGUCUCUGUGGAUGAGGACACUGUGGAUGAGUACAGUGAGGCUCCGCGGCAGGCUGCAGGCCAUUCUCUGUCCCUGCCCCAGUCCCCCAGCUCCAGUCCUGAAGACUUCAGUCAGGAAGCCAAGCCUGUGUACCAGAGACUACGGCCCAGACGCUUGCAGGAGUUGGAGCACCGCGAGGCCCAUUUGUGUGUCCGUCUUUAUCUCAUCACUCACUGGACGUCGUUACAAUUCAUCAAGUCAUAUUUCUUCUGUUUUGGAGCCCCUUGUUGUCUGUUUUGUUGUCUGUUUGGAGCCCCUUGUUGUCUGUUUUGGACUUCGACAGUUGGUGCUGGAAGGAACUAUUGUACUGCAGGUCUCCAAAAUGAAGACAGGAUGCACUUAAGUUAACUACGCAACAAUGUGUGUGUUUGUAAGUUACUGUUGUAGGUUUCUCUGCAAAAUGUCUGUAUAAAGAAAACCACCGAAUAAAAACAUGCUUCUAGUACCGAUCACUACGACUGUUUUAUGUACGCCAUUUUGUUACAGCAUUUUGUUUUCCUCUUUUUAAACUGUGCAAUUACUUUUACUCAAAAGACAGCUGGCUCAUUCAGAAAAACAGUGCCUUUUAUGUCCCUUUGAUAAUGUAUGUAGAAAUUGUGCACCAAUAUGGAAUUGUAAAAGCCUGUUAUAUUUAAAUGAAGUGUCAUUUUAAUAUAGACCAGUGGAUAAUUCAAUCAAUCUUAGACUUGCUAAAGUGAGAAAGAAAAAUCAGAAUUGUCCCUCCGUGCACCCUCUGGGACUUCUGGCAAGAUGUUUAACCCACUUAACCCCCAAAAUGUCUCCUGGUUUCACCGUCAUUGUAAAGCCCUAGUUUUUUUGUUGCUUUGAAGAUCAUUAUUUACAUUGAGCUCCAAAAGUAUUGGGAAUGGACACGUGUUGUUGUUGUUUUUGCCUCUGUACUCCAGAACUUUGGAUUUGAAAUGAAGAAUGACGUUGAUGUUUAAGUGCCGACUGUCAGCUUUAAUUUGAGUUCAGUUUCAUCCAUAUCGGGUGAACCGUUUAGAAAUUACAGCACUUUUUGUACAU